UGCUUUUAUAGCUACAAUAGAUUUCAUCCUCUGAAAAGCACAGUUAUCAUUUAACCUGAUGUACUUAUUAUAGUUUAUUUAUUUCUCAAAACCUGCCCUCGAUACUCAUAUGCAGAUGUUGACAAGCGAUGUCUUCAUCUAAGAACUCCUUCUCGACGAAGAAAACGACAUUCAAUUUCCAGUCGUCUGCAAAAGGGUCGGAUCUCAGCCGUCAAACUCUCCCACGACGACCACACGAACUGCACCAUGGCGAUGAAUCAGACGAAGAGGAAACAGAGCCUACCCACGAGGCUGUGACGGGGUUCGAUUCCCUUGCUGGCGGUGCCAUUCCUGCCAACGGGAUCGAGGAGAAGCGCGAGCUGGUUAUCCCCGUGACGAGCACCAAUAAUUGGCGGAACCGGGCUGGAGCGAAUGUCCGCAACAGGCCGAGAGGGAAGAAUCUCCUCCCGAAAGAGGUGCAGGCCCAGCAGGAAGCAGAGAGGAACGGGGCAGUUGCCGGUGGCGCCAAAGAGAACGAAAUAGAUCGGCCGGGUUUAUCAUACGGACUGGUAUUUGCGCAGCCAUCGGACCCAACGGCUGGGGAGCAUGAGAAGGACGUGGACCAGCCGAUGGGAGGAAGAGAUGAGGAGAGACAACCGAUCCCGCCGACAAGCGAAGAGCGCAAGCCACUCACUGAAGACGAGAUCGCGCUGAAAGCUCUCAUCAGGGAAAGCAAAGGAGAAACAGAGGGCCGAUCCGAUCUGGUGAUCGAGUCUGUGGCUACGAAGGAGAUCCACGGCGAAGAGGAAGACAGCAAUCACACCGGCCGCUAUGAUGAGACGAAUUCGUUCCGGGCAGAUGUGGCUUCUCGCCCGGAAUCGGCCAGUCUGGACGCUUACAAUGCCAUUCCGGUGGAGGAAUUUGGCGCGGCGUUGCUUCGGGGUAUGGGAUGGAAGGAAGGGCAAGCCAUCGGACGGGGUCAGUACAGCGCUGGAGCCCCCUCGGACCGGGCGAACAAGCCGCGUAUUCCGGAGCGACGGCCAGGGUUUCUGGGCAUAGGAGCCAAAGAUAUCUCUGGAGGGAAGGGGGCGGAAGCCGAGAUCGGUGCGUGGGGGAAGGCCGCCAUGCGCAAGUCGUCGAGGAAAAACGGCCAGCAAGAUGGUCAGCCAAGUACAGAAGGCGUCUACAUGCCUGUGAUGAUGAGGAACAAGAAGACAGGCGAGUUUCUCACAGAGGAGGAGCUUGCGGCACGCCGGAAGGAAGCUACAGAAAAGAAGAAAGAUGACGAUAGCUGGAAGGAGAGACGCGAUCGCAAUUUAGAGAGGAGUGGCCGCGACCACGACCGCGACAGAGAUCGGGAUCGGGAUCGCGAAUCUCGCCGGCGCGAGCACGAUGGUGACGAUAAUAGAGAGUCCCGGAGGAAUGGCUCUUCUCGGCGCGAGCGCAGUCUAUCCUCGAGCAGCCGGCAUCGACGGAGGAGAUAUGAUGACGACGAGAAAGGGAAAGAUAACCGUCACUACCGAGACCGAGAUCGUGAUUAUGAUCGUCGCGAUCGGGACCGAGAACGUGACCGAGACCGUGACCGAGAGAGGGACAAGAGCAACAAGUACCGAGAUGACGAACGUUACAGCUCACGCCAUGCAUCCUCUUCUUCAAGACAUGGCCGUGACCGUGACCGGGACAGUGACCGUGAUUCACACCGGAGGCGGAGAGAACAAGAUAGAUAGAAAAUCUUAGAACUGUCCUGCCGUGUCGACGAUGUUUAAUUUGGGAUGUUGCAUCAUGAUACCCUGGUUCAAAAGUUGAUAGAACGAAGUAGGAUGAAUGAAUUGUAUGGCACUGUUUAGUCAAAUAUAUAUAUGGUGCUUCGA